UUCAAUCUCUUUCGUCGAAUUUCGCCAAGGUAGAGAGAAACUUGAGACAAACUAUUUUCCCUCGAAUGACGUUUCCACCCCCAAGGCACCACUUGCUGUAUGGAGAACCACAACUGAUGGCAUGGCGGAACCCACUAAGGAAAGUUCCAGGCUAAAGAUACUAGCUGCCAAAAUCAACACCCAGCGCGGAAUAAAUGUAACCAAAAGAGGAACAGAGACAAAGCGUUGGCUAAUAGUAUAUUGGUCAACGUUUUUUGGAAGAAGGCUCAAUCUGCACAAGACAUUCGACAAACGCGACUGUCCAGUAUCGUGUGAGUGGACAAGUGACCAAUCCAGAGCAAAAGAGGCAGAUGCCUUUUUAGUCCAUGGCAGGGAUCCACGACCAGACCCUCCCAUAAAUACUGUGCCAUGGAUUCUGCAGACUCGAGAAAACCCAAUUUACACACCGAUAUUGAAGAACGCCAGCUUCAUGUCCAAAUUUAGCUACUUGAAAAGUUAUCGGUUGGACUCAGACUUUCCAGAUCCUUCUGUCUUGCUGCCUGGUGUACAACCCCCCGUUCCUUUCAAGAAUAAAACUGGGCUGAUUAUGGCGGCUUUCUCAAAUUGUGAAGCGGUUCGAACCGAGUACAUGAGGCAGCUGAUGAAGUUUGUAAAAGUUGACUCUUUCGGCGCCUGUCUAAAGAACAAUAAUGGCCUAGUGGGCAGGUAUGGUAAAAACAAACAGGGCACUGAUUUCAGAGAUGCUAAAUCCAUACUGGCCAGACAGUACAAGCUUACCCUGGUGUUCUUCAAUCAAGACUGUGAUUAUUUUGUCGAUGCUCAACUACACCACGCAAGGGAUGCAGGCUCGGUUCUCGUUGUCAUGGCAACAGAUAAGCCGGAUGAGUUUCUACCCGGGCCUUAUCUUAAUGGUUCAGUGAUAAAAGUGCGUGAUUUCAAGAGCCCACAGCUGUUGGCUGAAUACCUCAAGUAUCUUAGCAACAACGAAACCGAGUACAAUAAAUACCUGGAGUGGAAGAGGAAAGGAUAUGGCGACAUCACUAGAACUGCUAUCGGAAAUUUUUGGAUGCCAAAGUAUCCGCUAUAUUGUCAAGUCUGUGUUGCAAUGUCAAAAGGGAAAGGGCACAAAGAAAGCUUGAAACCAUUCCCAUGCAAAGCAAGGCAAUUUGAAGACUGGGGAAUUACUAAAGGAGCCUGACUAAAGUGAACUAUUGUCAGUUGUAGAGGACACCGUUAACUUGGGAAAAAAUAGGGCGGGAUUUAUCACUCUUAAA